AUGCUGCAGAGUCUGGUGCAAGUGGCAAGUGUGGCCCGUGCGAGGCGCCUGGCAGGGGCUGCUGCUGCCGGGGCACGUGGUGUGGCCGACGACGCGGCAAGCCAAGGACGGGCCGGACGAGGCGCAGAGGCGGAGUUUGACGGCGAGAGCACGUGGAGUGUCGAGACAGUGUACGGACAGAACGCGGCUGGAGGCACGUGGGCUGAUGGCGAUCGCGCGGAUGCGGUGGCGGAUCUGGCGAGGCUUGCCCGGCCGUCGUUGCUGGCUGCUGGCGAGCGCGAUGCGCUGCUGGCGGCGCUGAGUAGCCUCGAUGGGCUUGUGUCACGGGUGACGAGCCAUGACGGGCGCGGCCGAGGCUGA